AUGGGAAAAACGACGGAAGUUGAUGGCGAUAACAACCCAACUUUGCCAGAAACCGAUCCUUCGAAGUUAUUGGAGGCUGCCUUGCAGCAGAUGGAUGGGAUUAUAGCCGAGGCAGGUGGUACGGGUGGUACGACGAACUCGGGGCCUGGUCGUGCAGCUCGCGCCCGAGCUCUUGAGCUGGCUCAGCAGCUGGCCAGCUCCCUCCAACACGCUGUACCUCCUCCACCACGACCAGACUUCACCACCGCCAGUGCAAUUCUACGAUGGCUCCAACAAAACAACAACUCCGUCGCCCUAAACGAUGCGGAGGAUCGCGUUCGCCGGCUCGAGGCAGACAAAGAAAGUUUGCAUCUUCAGGUGCAAGUGUUAUCAGAACAAAUUGCCGCGCAGACCGAGAAGAUGACGGACCUCGAACGCGCGCUGCAGGAUGCAAGGCAGAGGCUGGACGACGCUGAACAAAGAUUGCAAAAGGAAAUGCUGCAACGUUCGUCUCUCGAGACGCAGAAGUUGGAGUUGUUGUCGAAACUAAGUGAAGUGAGGCUGCGUGCGGCUGAGCGCGGCAUUCUAGAACGUUCGCCGCCGCCGCCGGAGCCAGUGGCCGCACUGCCCAUCGCUAGACCUGCGCCCCCUAGAACACCACCAGCGAACUACGGUCGUACGAUCGAGCGCAACACUCACAUGUAUUCAUCGUUGCCGCGCUCUUCUGUGGUGACGUCAGAGGCGCGCGUGGCCUUCGGUAAACAGAACAACAUGGUGGUGGCGCGCGGCCGAGGACACUCUGUGCCCAACCUAGCGGAGAAGGAGGAAUCGACUGGUCGUAGUGGCAGCCCUGCCGGUAGUGCCGGUGCGGCGGCCUUGCGCGCUCGUCUAGAAGGCGGGGAUGCGCGAUCUUUGCGACCUGCAAGACCUUCUACACCACGAAUGCGCACGCAUCCCAUGCCCUGGGAAACGAUAGACGUUCGCGAGUGGGACUGUGAGACUACCUGUGGUUGGCUUGAAAGCCUCGGUUUGGAAGUAUAUGUACCAGCUGCACGCACUUGGUUGGGAGCGACGCCUGACGCGCGAGGACAACUGGCGGCCGCCUCGCAUAAUGCUAUUGAAAAGGAACUCGCCAUCAAACAUCCUUUGCAUAAAAAGAAGAUACUGCUCGGCCUUACUGAUUUACUGGGCGGUCACGGCGACCCGCUGCUGUCGCUGGCGGGGCGCCUGGACACGGCGUGGACGCUGCGCUGGCUGGAGGACGUGGGCGCGUGCGGCGCGCGCGCGGCCGCGGCCGACGCGGCGCUGGACGCGCGCCUGCUGCACCGCCUCACGCACGCGGACCUGCACGCGCACCUCCGCGUCGCGCACGCGCUGCACGCGCUCUCCGUGCGCAGGGGUAUCCAAGUCCUCCGCGACAACAAGUUCGACCCGGACACGAUGAUCCGCCGCGCGGCGGAGGGCGAGACGGUGGGCGCGGAGGGCUCGCCCGAGGCCUGCGUGCCGCCCGAACUACUGGCGCGCUGGUCCUCGCACCGCGUCAUGCAGUGGCUCAAGGAGAUCGACCUCGCUGAGUACGCGCCUAACUUACGUGGCGCAGGUGUUCAUGGAGGCCUCAUGUUAUUGGAGCCGCGGUUUACAGCAGAGCUUCUGGCUGCUUUACUAAACAUUCCAGCCAACAAGACGCUAUUGCGGCGGCAUCUCACGCAGAGGUUCAACGACCUGCUAGGCCGAGAUGUAAUACAACAGAAGCGUAACGCGGAACAAACGCUCGGAUAUCAACCUCUUACUGCAACUACCAAAUACAAGGUACCAAAGAAAAGCCAGUUCUCGUUGAAACGUAAGAAGAGUAAGGACGACUUGGACCUCGGCGACCUCGUGUGUCCUCUGCACGAUGACUGCUCAGGUGACAUAACCAACUCACCAACGAUGAAAGUAAGAUCAGCAACAGCGGACGUCGCGUCGGCUGUCUCUCCCCCGCGUGACGAGGCGAGGGCGCAAUAG